UUAUUAGUAUUGAUUUGUUUGUGAACUUGAAAAUCAAAACAAUAGUCAAACAGAUAUCAAACAAGACAUGUGUUUUGGAUUCAAAUGACAAGACAUUGGACACAAUGAGUGAUGAACAAAGACUUCUUGAGUUUGAGCGUCAGAUGCUAUUGGAUGUACUCAACGAAAACUCAUUGACCAUCGCCUCGAAGGGCAUUGUAAUCGAUAGACUUCUGUUACAAUUAACGAAAACAUUUUCAGAGAAAUCACAGCUCGUGUUUGUCAUCGGAACCAAUGCUGAAGUUGAAGACUAUAUCAUUGCCGAGUUGUCCAAUGAAUUGUCAGGUGUCGGACAAAAGCCCAAACGAGUAACAGCCGAGAGCUGUGCGGCCGCUGAUCGUCGCGAACUCUAUAUGAAUGGAGGCGUCGUAUUCAUGACGACACGGAUUCUUGUGGUCGAUAUGUUGACCUCAAGAGUACCAUUUGAGUUGAUUUCUGGUGUUAUUGUAUACAACGCUCACACUAUUUAUACGGAUUGUUUGCAGGCAUUCAUUGUACGACUCUAUCGGAUGCAUAAUAAGACAGGUUUUGUGACCGGACUUUCACAGACGGCUCAGGCAUUUACCGGACAAUUCUCUAAAUUAGACCGAAUUAUGCGCUACUUGUUUGUCACUAAACUAUAUUUAUGGCCGCGAUUUCAUGUGGCCAUUACUGACUCACUGUCGACCCGACCCCUACCAAACGUCAUUGAGAUCAGACUCUCAAUGACACCAUUGAUGAAGAAAAUUCAAUUUGCAUUAAUGGACUUAAUUUCGUUGUGUAUUAAAGAGUUAACAAAUUCUAAUAACAGUUUUCUUUACGAUUGUCAAGAACUUAAUGCUAUGUCUGUUAUUUCAUUAAAUUUUGAUUCAAUGGUUAGAAAACAAUUUGAUCCCAUUUGGUAUCAAUUGAGUGCUAAGUGUCGUCGGACUAUAUAUGAUAUAAAACUAUUAAAACAAUUGUUGUUUCACUUAACACAACUCGAUUCCGUCACUUUUUAUAGUGAAGUUAAGACCAUUCGUGAUAAUGUUGUCCUCAAUUCGCAGACAUCCGAUUGGCUCUUUUGGGAGCCAUCGGAGACAUUGUUUUCGGUUGCAAAACAAAGACUUUAUAUACAAAAGAAUGGCAAACAAGUUGUCGACAUUGAAAUCAAUCCAAAAUUAAAUGCAUUUUUUGAAAUAAUAAAAGAAAUUAAUGAAGAGACCAAAGAUAUAUCACAAGUUAUCGAUAUUAUUGUUGUCGUCGAAAAUAUGAGUACUUCUAUCAAAUUAGACAAUUUUAGAGAUAAAGGUAUGGAUGCAGUACUACAAGAAUUACAUGAAAAAUGUCAACAUUUAAUGAAUUGUAAGGAACAGAUGAAAAACAAAUCAAAGAAAACCAAUAAUAAGACACAAGAAUUGGAUGAAAACGCACAGACAUUGACACAAAUGAUGAGAAGUUAUGAGAAAUGUGAGGAAAUGUUUCAAAAUGAACACAGACUUGACUUUCAUUAUCAUAAUUGGCAACAAAAAGGCAUUCAUUUGCAUAAUAUGUUAAAAGUUUUGAAACCAAAAUAUAUUAUAUUAUACGAACCAGAUAUGCAAAGUAUUCGUCAAAUAGAGUCAUAUCAAGCAUUAUAUUGUAGUUCUUCAGCCGUUAAGAUAUACUUUUUUAUGUUUGAUGGAUCAGCUGAAGAGCAACGAUAUCUUAAGAAUUUACACAUAGAAAAGGAAGCCUUUGAAACAUUAAUCAAAACAAAAGCAUCACUUGUGAUACCUUCAGAUAGGGACGGAAAAAGUGAUUCACAUCCAGAUUUAGUCCGCGGCUCUGAUGACAGCUUAAUAUUGCAUCCAAAUACCCGAAUAGGAGGCACUCAACCAGUUUCACAAAAUAAAACUACAAAACGGAUUAUUAUAGAUAUGAGAGAAUUUAGAUCAGAUUUACCGACACUUAUACACAAAAGAGGGAUUGAUAUCGAACCGAUCACUAUUGAAAUCGGCGAUUAUAUCCUUACUCCCGACACUUGCGUUGAACGUAAAUCAGUAAAUGAUUUAAUCGGUUCAUUAAAUAACGGUAGACUUUAUACACAAACAGAAGUUAUGACUCGUUAUUAUAAAAGACCUCUUCUUUUGAUUGAAUUUGACGAUCAAAAGUCAUUCAAUUUUAAGAGCAAAUACUGGGGAACUUCAAGUAUAACCCCUUCUUCUUCAUCUAAUCGACCAAAUGUUUUAUCACAGUUAGUGGUUCUUACCAUUCAUUUUCCACUACUCAGAAUGGUUUGGUCGCCAUCACCUCAUUUUAGUGCUGAAAUGUUUGAGUACUUGAAAAAAGACAAAGAAGAACCCGACCAGAAGUUAGUACUGGCCAAAGGUCACCAACAAUUGCCGGCCGAAUAUAUGACCGAUAAAUAUGACAUCGAAUGCAAAGAAUUUCUGUUAUGUUUACCCGGAAUUAACAUCAAUAAUAUCUACAAUAUUAUGAAUUCUGUUAAAUCAAUCAAUCAUUUAAUUGAAUUAAGUGUWGAAGAAUUGACUGAAUUUAUGGGAAACUCGAAAAAUGCAGAACUUCUUUACAAAAGUCUUCACACAAAAGUCAUUGAUUUAACCAAUGAUGACAUCAAUAGAUUGAAAAAUGAGAAAAAGUUUAAAAGAUUUGCAAAUAAAAGGCCUAAAAUUUGA